GAAGUCUCUCGAGUACUCCAUCGCUCUCGGAAGACACCAUUGAUCUCUCUCGAUUAUCUUCUCCUGCUGGACCACGCUUCAUCUCGAAACACCGGCGCACGAUCACAGAUUACUUGAAAGAAACAAGGAAAAGGAAAGAACAAUCCGUAUGCGUGGAAUAACUGCAUUAUUGCGAGGAAACAGUAAAUUGAAUAGAAUCUACCCUGUUAAAGCAUCAUGGGUUGCCACUGUAACACCAAAGAAGGUAAAGGAUGAUGUUUUUGAGAAGAAAGAAGAGAUGAAAAAGGAGGAAGUUGAUCCAAUUGUUACUUUCAGUAAGCCUCCACCUAUGCCACCUGUUCUUGGACCACUUGUUCUCUUCUCGCUUUGGGAAACAUGGUCAGCUCCAGACGACAAGUGACGACUGAAAUUAAGGUGUCGUGUUUCUUUUCUUGCAAAAUAUCGAAUGAUGCUAACACUUAAAGUCUUGAUCACUAUAAACUAUGUUGUAAAUCUUUUGUAUUAAUAGAAGUAUGACUUUUUGUCACUUGACCACUUGUUCUCUUCUUGCUAUGUAAGCCCA